AUGGAGUCUCUAUCAAAGUAUAAACUGGUAUUUCUAGGUGAUCAAUCUGUUGGAAAGACCUCAAUCAUCACCAGAUUCAUGUACGAUACAUUCGAUAUCACCUAUCAGGCAACAAUUGGAAUAGACUUCCUGUCAAAGACGAUGUACCUGGAGGACAGGACCGUUAGAUUGCAACUCUGGGACACUGCUGGACAAGAGAGAUUCCGUUCCCUAAUCCCAUCAUAUAUUAGAGAUUCAUCUGUAGCAAUAGUAGUUUAUGAUAUUACAAAUAGGAAUUCAUUCUUGAAUACAAUCAAGUGGAUCGAUGAUGUUAGGAGCGAAAGAGGUAACAAUGUCGUUAUUAUGCUCGUUGGAAACAAGACUGAUCUGGCUGAUAAGAGACAAGUAUCAAUUGAGGAAGGAGAGGCAAAGGCAAAGGAAUACGAGAUUAUGUUCACAGAGACAAGCGCCAAGGCAGGCUUCAAUAUAAAGGCACUGUUUAGGAAGGUGGCAUCAGCUCUGCCAGGAAUCGACACCAAUUCACUCGGCAAGGCUCCAGAGAUGACAGAGGUUAUCUUGGCGCCAGAGAAGAAGGAGGCGACUACUGCUGAGGGUGGCUCCACAUGUCGCUGC